AUGUCUGGCCUCGAAAUCGUGGCUCUCGUGCCCAGCAUCAUAUCCGCGUGGUGCGCUGUCGCUGUUGAGUACAGAUCGUGGCGCAAACGCAGGGCGAAGCGAACGAGCGAACGGAAGAAUACUUUGUUGCAGACUCAUUUACAGAGUAUUGGUCCGAUGUUGAAUAGUCAGUUCCAGGAGCACUUCCGGCGAGGAGGUGGCGCAUUCCAACGGGGCGACGACCAUGACGAUACUCUCUCAGCAAUACCAACGCCUAUCGCAAGCGCAACCGAUUCAGCAAAUGCCACUCUUCCCGUCAUCUUCAUCGUCUUUUCCUUCUCAAAGUCAAGCAGCCGUGUCUCAGGCGAAUAA